CCCCGGCCCCCGACCCCCUCUCGCCCACUCCCCGAAACCCUUCUCCCCUACGUCACCUCUCUCCCCUCAACCCCGAGCUCCGAUCGGCGCCGUAGAACCGUCGCCGGCGCCUCCUCCGCCGUCGCCGGAGAAGGCACCCGAAAAUUUAUGUGCUGGUUGAUGUUGAAUGAUCCUUUCAAUGGAUUUAAAUGCGUCACCUUUGCCUGAAGAAGAUGAACAGCCUUAUGAAGAACAGAUUGACAGUGAUCUUAUACAGGAGGAACGCGUGGAGUCUGCAGUGGCAACCAUGCGAAGGGAACGUGAAGAAAGGCGCCUCAGAUUAAAAAGAGAAUACCCAGAUGAAGGACCAAGGCGAUAUUCACAACCAAGGAAUGACUACCUGCCUCAAAGCAGAAGCGUUAGACCUUGUGGAAGAAAUAGGGAGAUUCCUCAAGGCUGGUUGGAUUGCCCUGCACUUGGGGAGUGCAUAGAUAAAAUAAUUCCUUCCAAAGCUCCUCUUGAUGAGUCAUAUAAUGAAAGUGUGGUGCCUGGCAAAAGAUAUUCUUCUAAACAAAUUAUCAACAAGCUUAGAAAAGCCGGACGGGAAUUAGGUUUGGUGGUUGAUUUGACAAAUACAGAUCGCUAUUAUUCAGUUUCGGAAUUUAAAAAUCUAGGUAUUCAGCAUCGCAAGAUCAAAUGCAAGGGAAGAGAUGCUGUACCAGAUAAUGAGUCAGUGAACAUAUUUUUUAAUGUGGUUUUUCAGUUCCUUGACCGCCAAAAGCAUUCGAGGAAUCCCAAAUAUAUCCUUGUCCAUUGUACUCAUGGGCAUAAUCGUACAGGUUUUAUGAUUGUUCAUUACCUUAUGCGCACACAUCUGUCAAGUGUUGCCGAGGCAUUGCAUAUAUUCGCUCAAAAGCGUCCUCCAGGAAUAUAUAAGCAGGAUUAUAUUCAAGCACUGUAUACAUUUUAUCAUGAAAGCCCUGAGAAUCUUGUAUGUCCUCCCACACCUGAGUGGAAGAGAUCCUCCGAUCUUGAUUUAAAUGGUGAAGCUGUCCAGGAUGAUGAUGGUGAUGAUAAUGGUGACCCUUCAGCCCUUUCACAUGAAAAUGUGGAGAACAAAAAGAUAACGAAUGAUGAUGUUUUAGGAGAUGCAAUUCCUUCUGACCGAGAAGAAGUUCUGCAACAGAUAUGUUAUCGUUUGCUUGAACUAACUCCUACGGCAAGAGGGCCUAGAAACAAUUUACAAUUUCCAGGAUCACAUCCUGUUUCACUCAACAGGGAGAACCUACAGCUAUUAAGGCAACGGUAUUAUUAUGCUACUUGGAAAGCUGAUGGGACACGAUAUAUGAUGCUUAUCAUGAGAGAUGGUUGUUACUUGAUUGAUCGAAAUUUUCGCUUUAGAAGGGUUCAGAUGCGGUUUCCUUUGAAGAAUAUAAAUGAAGGUUUUCAUGAGAUGACUUUGAUUGAUGGGGAAAUGAUUAUUGACACAAUACCUGACGCUGGACUGAAGAGAAGAUAUCUAGCAUAUGAUCUGAUGGCAAUUAAUUCAUGCUCCAAAAUAAAGUUGCCCUUCUCUGAAAGAUGGAAGCUACUUGAGGAAGAAAUAAUUCGGCCUCGAAAUUAUGAGAAGAAGCAAUUUGAGUGUGAAGGCAAAUGCAAUCCAAUAUAUCGAUAUGACAUGGAACCAUUUGGAGUUAGGAGGAAGGACUUCUGGUUAUUAUCAACUGUUGUAAAGCUGCUUCAGGAGUUCAUCCCAAGACUUUCGCAUGCAGCUGAUGGCCUUAUAUUUCAGGGUUGGGAUGAUCCAUAUGUGUGUCGUACACAUGAAGGACUUCUGAAGUGGAAGUACCCAGAUAUGAAUUCAGUUGACUUCUUAUUUGAGAUGGGGAGUGACAACCGCCAGUUGCUUUUUCUUUAUGAAAGAGGAAAGAAGAAACUCAUGGAUGGAUCUCGGGUCAUAUAUGGAGGUCAAGAAGAUAUUUCUACCCUAUCAGGAAAGAUUAUUGAAUGCGGGUGGGACCAAGAGGAGAGCUGUUGGAUCUGCAUGCGUGUCAGGACUGAUAAAUCAACUCCUAAUGACAUAAACACAUACCGAAAGGUAAUGAGGAGCAUCAACGACAACAUUACAGAAGACGUGCUUCUGAGUGAGAUAUUGGAGAUAGUGCGCCUCCCAAUGUAUGCUGAUAGGAUAGCUCAGCUUCAGCAUCGACGUAGGUGAUACCCAAGUUCUAUUGCUGGCCAGUUAUAAUUUUUUUAGCAUACAAAAUCCUUAAUUGCACAAACUUCAAAUAUUUUCUAGUAGAGCUGAUGAUGGCUGGUUUUCAGUGGCUUUCUGUAAGUAUUAGAGGGUGUUAUUAGUGUCCUACGAGGCUCGACAAAAUGCAGGUCAUUCAGAUUCUUGCUCAAGCCUCCGGGUUGUAUAAAGUCGCAAUCCUCUUGUAAAUCUCCUCUCUUUUUUACUUGUAUUCUUGUUCUCUUUUAGUUGGAAAUAUAGUAGCUGCAACCGGAGCCGGAAGUAUGUCUACUUUGGCCUACUACAGCACUGAUAACUACUGACUGCAUCCUUGUCCUUAAAUAAACAAGAGGGUUCUUAUUGGGCUUCUAUGCAUAAUAUUUACUUGGAUUUAUGCCUUAACCACGACGUGAAAUAGGUCAUGUUGAAUUAGUGAUUUGCCUUCCUGUGUUGUUCUUAUUUCGAUGGCAGGGUUGAGUUGUUCUCUGUCUUUAUUAUUUAAGAGGUGUGUUCAGUUAAAGAAAUUGUCUCUGCUGCAGAAAAAUUGUAUUGUCAUUCUUGAAAUAUUGGACAUUUUGCGGUGGACAGACGGAUCAGAGAUACGAGUGGCAUUUUGUUACUUCUGCCAUUCGAAUAUACUUGUUGGCAUCGAGGAUUUUGUAGCUUCAAA